GACAUGAGGUAUUCAGCUUAUCAAUCAUACAACUGGUAUGUAUAAAAUCAAGAUUCUUUUUCUUAAUGUAAUACAUCAUGAACCAUCACAAAAUUCUAAUGUCAACAUGCACCAUAUGCACUCUUACAACCAAUAACAUACAGUUUCAAAUUUAUGUAUCAAACACAUUCAUAAAAUUUAAAUAUUUAUGUCAACAAUUAACAAGCAAAAUGUCAACAAUCAACAAUAUGAAUCUUGCAGAAACAACAGAUCACAAGAGACUCAUAUCAAGAAGAAACAGGGAUACACAAACAGAGGGAGAAAAGAUGCUGCAAAAGAGAGGAAUUGCUACUGGCGCGAGAAGGACUCCUAGGUCUUGGUCGUUGGCGCGCUGGCUGGUAUACAACCGACUUCACAGCUGGCGGGGGAGGGGACUUCCUUCUGCGCACAGUCUGGGGCCUCUCACCUUCUUCAGGACCAAGGUGGAUGUGUCGAGAGGCAGGGUCAUCCAACUUAUCCCUGAGCAGCCGCUGCAGAUCAACGAUGGCAGACGUGUUGUUCCUGAGGGCUCGCUCCUGCCUCUCGACAAUCUCCUUCAGCCUGGAGACUUCGUUUUUGUAGGGGGAGGUGUUGGUCCCUAUGUCUCGGGUACGAGGAGGUGACUCAGUGUCAAAUUCGCUGGUAUCCUCAAAGACAAGAAACUCUGUAAGAAUGUCAACGUCCUCCUUGCUGGGCACAACAGGUAUACUAGAAGAGGUGACGGGCAGAUCAAGAAGACUAGCAGGUACUUCAACAGCAGGUACAUCAGCUGCAGGCACACUAGGACCAGCAGGUACAUCAGCUGCAGGCACAUCAGUGGCAGGCACACCAGGGAGACGAGCAGGUACAUCAGUGGGAGUCACGACUGGAGCCACACAGACUGGUUAUCGGCAGGAGCUCCACUGGGAGGGAAAGAUGAAGGAAGGAUGGUGUGCAAAGCAACAGGGGCUGGUGGUCGAACCUGUGCCAAGGUGUUGACUCGACGCUUCCUCUCCCAGUGGGUGGCAGAGUCCUCAAGAGUCAGCUGACGGAUCAUGCUGAAGACGACCUUGCUCUCCUCCCUGAUGUCAGCAGAUGUUGAAAGGGGAACAGCGGAAGAUCCCUUCAAAGCUGAGUGAAGUGAGUACCAUUGAGGAUGCUUCUUGAAAUUGUUAUAGUCAUAAUGGCUGUAUCCACAUACAGGGCAUCUGUAAGGCUAUUCAUCAAAAGUAAGGUGUUUAGAAUACAUAUGUCGCAACAGGUAGUGGCGCUCUCCUCUAAAGUUGCACAAGCAACACUCCCACACUCUCCCUCUCUUUCCGGCCGAAACAAUCUCUGACAUCUUGGAAAUCUGUAAAAAAAAAUAACUGCACAAUAUAAGUACAGUAAUACUGAAUGUAAAACAUGUAAACUUUCAUGUAAAACAUUUUUUAAACAUGUAUAAUCAUCAUACAUGUACAAUAACAUCAUCAAUAAUAUCCACCCUUCCAUCCCCAUUUUUGUAAAGUAGUAACAUUGGUCAUGAUUUGUUGUCUAACUCACUAUGACACAUAUAUUUUGAAAGGAUAACAAAUCCUUUAAUUCUUUUAAAAACUUUAUUCAUACAGUAUGCAUCAUAACUAUAACUUGACAGUAUUAUUUUACUGUAGACGUGUUUUGUUUUUCAAUUUCUCUGAC